AUGCGACCUAAAUAUGAUGUCGAUCAUUCAUAUACAUAUAAUUUUAAUCCGGAAAAAAACUGUCAAAUUGUUUGUGCCAUUUUUAUAUUUAUCAUUUUUAAUUUAUAUUUUGCUCUGUUCCUCUACCUAGUGGUAGAAGAAGCAAUUGCAGCUUGGAAGGAGAAGAAGGGGGAAGAUUUAAAAGAAGAGGAAGAUAUUUACACAUCAACAAAGAUCGAGAUUCCUAAUGUUGAUGAUCAAGAAAGUUUCCAGUUCCGAGAGGUCCAAACGCAAGAAGGGGCUCGGCCGUUCGUAGCUCACGUCCCUGUUCCCACGCAACAUGACGUAGAAGAAGCUCUUCUUAAACGGAAGAAAAUGGAAUUACUGGAAAGAUACGCGAGUGAAACGUUGCAAGCACAAAGUGCUGAAGCAAGGACAUUAAUGGGCGUAUGAUAAGAACGGGUUGCUAUUGGCCAGUUGUUGUUAAUGGCGGACAGUAAUGUCCGUAUUAUGGAACCCGGGAUGUUGCCUUUAUUUUUGUACAUCACGUUUAAACUCAUUGUAUAAUAAACGAAUACUAAAAUAAACGAUCAUCGCAGGGUA